AUGAAUAAUGAUCAACAACAAUAUACAAUGAACACCUUGAAACAACAACAACAGCAACAAUACAAUGAUAAUACUUCACGUCAAUCAUCAACAUCAACCUCAACAACAUCGACAUCAACAUCAACGAAUCAUAAUAGAAUGAAUGGAGUAUCAACCACUCAGAAUAGAACAACAUCAACAACAUCGACAUCAGUGCUCUCCGAUCUCCUAUUUAAGAUGCUAUCACUUGUAGUCAAACAAUCUGACAAUGAAUCAUUCAGCGAUUACAGAAAGAGGUUGGCCGAGAGCACCAACUCUAUAUCAAGACAACAACAGCAACAACAACACGCUGCUGGAUUGAAGACCGAUGGUAGUAACGUCGACGAUCUACCAAUGUAUGAUAAACUGCAACAAGCAUUAAAGAAGACUGGAGACAAAGAAAAGUUGAUCAAGUUUGGAGACUUGUAUCGUGAUCUGUUGUCAACGUCAAAGAACAAUCAGGUCAUUCUGGAAACAAUGUUAAGAAUAGUCACCAAUGGCGGUGUGAUGGAUGAUAGACACAAGGCCAAGUCAGCAUCUCUGGAGGAGCAGAUACAGAGCAAACUACAACAGACCAAGAUAUCGCAACAGCAAACGAUGCAUCAGCCACCUCCAUUGCACAACAACUUCUUAAAAAUGCAACUGACAACGUCUCCACUGUCGCCCAAGCCGGCGGCCAAACAACCACAACAACACCAACAACAGCAACAACAGAAUAGACAGCCACUUGUCGAUGUGGCCGAAGAACUACUGGUACGCGACCUCAUAUACGUGUUUCAGGGUAUCGAUGGCAAGUACAUCAAGUUCUUCAACGACAUUGAUUCAUUCGCCGUGGAGCCCAAUGUGAACCUGUCAAGGCCUCGACGCGACAUGAUUGGCCGUCUGGCAGAGUUUGGUUGGCUGUUCAGGCAGAUCCGAAUCUUCCUGGUCAACGGAGAGUUCCGCCACAAGGGUCUCGUCAACCAGUGCUUCUGCUCCGCGCUACAAGACGAGCUGGCAGAGUUAUAUCGCUUGAUAGCCAUUCUAGAGACAAAGAUAGAUAGGAAUGUGACGGACAACCCCGCACUGCAAUCAUACAAGCCACCUCCAGACUACCAGAGCGAGAACACGUCAUUGAUGGGCGUGUUUGUUUGGAUACAGGAACCAAUGGCGCGACUGCGAUCACUUGCCGCAUUGGUGGCCGGCGUUGCCAAUCGCAAGGGUGGUGCCACCAUCUCCUACGUCGAGUCAUUCUCGGCCCAAGGCAACAGUGUUGUACACUCAAUGGUCAAAUCGAUACUGGUACGCAUCUCACAGCCCAUCAUCACGAUGAUCACCCGAUGGAUAUUUGAGGGCGAGAUCAACGAUCCCUUUGGCGAGUUCUUCAUCCUCAAGAAUCAAAAGAUACAGCUGGAGCGCGUGUGGAAGGAGAAGUACACGCUGCAGGCCGACAUGCUGCCGACAUUCAUCGACCAGGACAUGAGCCGACGAAUCCUCCUGAUAGGCAAGUCGAUCAACUUUAUGAAACAGUGCUGCAAGGAGACCCAUUGGUCCGUGGACAGGUUCACCCUUGGCCCAGGCGUGCAGCUCGAGACAUACGCCGACCUUGGCAACCUCGAGGCAGUAAUCAACCGGACGUCAGAGCACAGCAGCAAGCGUCUGUUCAAUCUGAUGAUGGACAAGUUCAGAUACAUGGAGCACUGCCAAGCCCUGCGCCGAUACAUGCUGCUGGGACAGGGCGACUUCAUUCAGGGCCUGAUGGACAUGAUUGGCGAGGACUUGCUGAAACCUGCCGCACAGCUUACGCGCCACCGCCUUGUCGGCAUCAUGGAGAGCGUGAUACGCACGUCGAACGCACAGUACGAAGACGAGGACAUUCUGAAGCGAUUGGACAUCUCGCUGCUUGACGAGCGACCGGGCAGCACAGGCUGGGACAUCUUCUCAAUCGACUACCACAUCGACAUGCCCAUCACCACGAUCAUCUCCAAGCAGGACAUGGUGCGCUACAAGAAGAUCUUCCACUUUCUGUGGACGGUCAAGAAGGUGGAGUUCUCGCUGUCGUCCAUUUGGCGCAAGACACGCGCCAGCUACAACACUCUGGUGCUGAUGUCCAAGUACUCAAAGAGCUUUGGCACGGACUUCCAGCGCUCCAACAUGCUGUCGCACGAGAUGACACACUUUAUCACCAACUUCAACUACUACGUCAUGUUUGAGGCGAUCGAGAACUCGUGGGUCAAGAUGCAGCAGGCCGUCGGCGCCGCCAGCGACCUGGAUCAGCUAAUCGACGCGCACAGCCAGUACCUGCAGGAUAUAUGCACCAAGACCUUCCUGUCCAACUCAGAGUCGUGCUACGACGUGUUCAAGCGCAUACUGGUCGUCAUCAACAAGUUCACGAUGCUCCAGAAGAAUCUGUGCUCGUUGGCCGAUGCCGUGCGCAAGGAGGUCAAGAUCUCCGAGACACAAGAGUCAAGGAUUGGUCGCGAACUAACCAACUAUGUCACACAUCUCAGUGUAUUAUAUCGCGACUACAGGACUGUGUUCAAUCAAUUUGAACAAGAGAUGGCCAACCUCAAGCUUCAAAAGGAUGUCAAUCCAAUCUCCAUGUCCUACAUGCUUGACUUUAAUGAGUAUUAUAGUAGUACAAGAGCAGCAGCCGCAUCAUCAUCCAACAACACCAGUAGCAGUAGUAGCAGUAGUGGUAGCAGUACAUCUCCAGGCAACACAAGUAAAUAA